AUGAUGAAGAAGGCAAAGACCAUGAUGAAGAACUCACAGCGUGGCAUGAACCGACAGGGCAAGAAGGGCGAAGCCGAUCGUCACGUCUUCGACCUGAAGCCCAAGCACCUGUUGGCAGAUGCCUGUGGAGAGCACAUCAGUACAGAGCAGGAGCGCAGAGACAUCAUGGAGCCCCAGUCCUCAGAUAAUCUGGAGGCUCUGCUCUGCAGCGAGGACUCUAAGCUGCCUCUGUCCAUGCGCUCCAACCUGCUGGAGCUGUUCGGUCAGAUCGAGAGGGAGUUUGAGAGCCUUUACAUUGAGAACAUAGAACUGCGUCGCGAGAUCGACACGUUGAACGACCGCCUCUCUGCAGACGGACAAACCGUGGAGGGGUCAGAGUUCUCCAAAGGAGCUCUCAAAACCAAAGCAAGCCACAGCACAAGCCAGCUCUCCCAGAAACUCAAGACGACAUACAAAGUGUCCACAAGCAAGGCGCGCGUCACCGGAGCCCGCAACUUCAGCGUGGGCAGCUGGGAGAUGUGGAGCGCGGACUCAUGGCUUUAG